UUGAGGAGGCAGCCGCUGAGAUCUGCCCCAUCUGGCCCCAGUGGCUACUCUGUGCCAGCUCAGUCACCUUUGCUCCAACUCUUCAGCUGGCUGGCCUGAGCCAGCCCAGGACACCCUCCCACUUGACCCAGCAGGAUCCAGGAACUGGUCCCUAUUGGGCAAUCAUUAAUCAGAUUCUUGACAUUCCUGGGCCUGGGUCCACCUGAGAAACAUGCUCCCCAGAGAAGCGGAGGCCCAGGACGGGCAUUUGGACAUGCAGCUCAUGAGCAAGGUGGUGCUGUCCGCUGCUGCGCUGCUCCUGGUGACGGCAGCCUACAGGCUGUACAAGUCGAGGCCUGCCCAGGCACAGCAGAAGGGUGGGAACACUGAGGCCAAAGCUGAGAAGGAAGCAGAGGGCUCGGGGCGGCUUGCUGUCCAGAGUGCUUCUCCAGGGAAACUUCAGAGGCGGCUGAGACGUCAGAGUACUAGCCACAAGGCCGGAGCGCCAUUGGGCCGCAGCUGGGAGGACCCAGGAGGCCCCUGUGUCCUGGUCCUGGGAGCCACUAGCAGAGACAGGAAGUUCCCGACUACAGACAGGCAGGGCCCGGAGCAGGUGCCUCCUUGCUGCUGUGGCCAGGAAGCCGGAACAGCUGUUGGCGGUAAGCUCACCCCUCCCUGCAGCUCGCUAGCUGAGCUUGCUGCAGCAGUGGACGGCAGCUGUGUGGGUGGUGAGCCAGCUGCAUGGCCAGACAGUGGACCCCCAGAGCAACCAGGGCCAGGGGAGCUGGGACCCACCCAUAGCUGCGCGGCCCCCGUAGAAGACAGCAGUGACAUGAAACAGAGCUGGGCCUUCAGCCAUGUGGCCGGGGUGAGCAGGGAAGAGGCUGGGACACUCCAGGCUGCCUCAGACAUGGGCCUGGCUGUGCAGCAGCUAGAGGGAGCCACCAAUGCUUCCUACACCUUCUCGUCCACGGCUUGGGUCCGAAUGGAAGAGAAUUUCAUCCAGAAGGCGGAGGGGGCAGGGCCCCAGCUGAAGGGCAAGGUGUACGAUUACUAUGUGGAAUCCACCUCCCAGGCCACAGCAGCUCUGGCUGAAGCUCCCACCCCUGGGCCAGUGCUGGAGCCCCCGGACACAGGAGCAUCCUCCAGAGACCAAGCUGGUGACACAGAGGGUGGGGCCGAAGCCAUUGCCUCCCCGCACCCCUUGCAGUCACCCCCUACACACGGCUUCAGCAGGAAGGAGAGUCUCCUGCAGAUCUCAGAGAACCCAGAGCUCCAGGUCCAGCCCAACAGCUUUGGGGCGCCUGCUCCGGACCACCCAGACCAGGGUACCUUGCCUGCUUCAGCCGGGUGCAGUGGGGAGCCCCACGUACAGCUGGUGGCUGGGACCAAUUUCUUCCACCUCCCGCUCAGCCCCGCUUCCGCCCUGGACAUCUGCCUGGAUCUGGGCAAUUGCUACGAGGUGCUGACCUUGGCCAAGAGGCAGAACCUGGAGGCCCUCAAGGAGACGGCCUACAAGGUGAUGAGCGACAACUACCUCCAGGUGCUCCGCAGCCCGGACAUCUUCGGGUGCCUGAGUGGUGCAGAGCGGGAGAUGAUCCUCCAGCGACGGCUCCGAGGCCGCAGAUGCCUGGUGGUAGCUGACAUGUGCCCCCAGGAAGACUGUGGCUGCCUCUGUUGCUAUGACGAUGAGCAGGAUGCCUGGUACCCACUGGCCCAGCUGCCCCCUGAGGCAGUGUCCCGGGGAUGUGCUGUCUGCAGCCUCUUCAAUUAUCUCUUCGUGGUGUCUGGCUGCCAGGGCCCAGGGUGUCAGCCUUCCAACCGUGUCUUCUGCUACAACCCACUGACAGGGAUCUGGAGCGAGGUGAGUCCGCUGAACCAGGCCCGGCCUCACUGCCAGCUGGUGGCGCUGGAUGGCCACCUGUAUGCCAUCGGGGGCGAGUGUCUGAACACAGUGGAGCGUUACAACCCUCGCCUGGACCGCUGGGCCUUUGCCCCUCCGCUUCCCAACGACACGUUCGCCCUGGCACACACAGCCACGGUGUGCGCCCAUGAGAUCUUCGUCACGGGUGGCACACUGCGCUACCUGCUGCUCCGAUUCUCGGCCCAGGAUCAGCGCUGGUGGGCUGGCCCCACGGGUGGCAGCAAGGACCGCACGGCCGAGAUGGUGGCUGUCAAUGGCUUCCUCUACCGCUUUGACCUAAACCGCAGCCUGGGCAUCAGCGUGUACCGCUGCAGCGCCAGCACGCGGCUCUGGUACGAGUGCGCCACGUUCCGGAUGCCCUACCCGGACGCUUUCCGGUGCGCGGUGGUGGGCACCCGCAUCUACUGUGUGGGGCGCCAGCACACACUCUGCUUCCUGGCCGACCACAUCUCACCCAGGUUUGUGCCCGAGGAGCUGCAGCACUUUCCCUCCCCACGGGGCACCCUCCUGCCCACUGUCCUGACCCUGCCUGGCCCUGAUGUACCUCAGACCAGAGUCUAGGAGCCCCUCCGUGACACACCGGAAGGCAGAGUCUCACUCCUACCCAUCUCUCUGGGGGCCCAGGAAUUUGGCCAUAAAGAGGGGAACUCUAACCCUUCCUCCUCCGGCUUCAGGGUUUCGGAUGGGUCGCUCCCUUCCAUGGGCCUCAGAGGCCUGCCUCAUGGGAUAUUAAAGCUAGGGACCAGCCUUCCAAGGCAAAAGACAUCACAUCAGCAGGAAAGACCACCAUCUUGCUUCAGAUCUAAAUUCUUGGGGGCUACUCCAGGACCCCAUCAAAGCUCAGAGCAUAGCCUCAUCCAACCACAGCGCUAGGUGCCCUCAGAGGCCGCCCAAGCUAUCCCCUCUGGAGUCUCCAGCGCCCCUUCUUAAACUGGGCCCCACCUUUAAUUCACCCAGAAGCACCUGAGGCACAGUUGGGAAAAUUCAAGGGAGGUGUUUUGGGCGGGACCGAGAGGGAGCUGGGGGUUCAGCCAGGAGGCAGGGUUGGAGCUGUCAGUCGGCGGAAGUUGAAGGUGCCCACAGUUACUCCUGUCUGCAGAGUAAAUUUACCCAACCCUACUUUUUCUUGUUCCCUGGAAUUCUGUGUACUGGGAGGAGGAGAAACUAGCAGGUUGGCAUGAGGAUGAGGAGAGAGCUUUCGCUGGACCACACAAGGCCACCAUCCUAAAUUGGAGCCUGGGAAGGAAAGCCAGAUGUGACUAUGGCCGGCCCCUGGGGAGAGAAAUACACAGGCCUGGACCUCCAGGGGACAAGGGCAGAAAGGAUGGCUUCACUGAGGAGACUCAAAGGCGGUGUUGGCAUUGUGAUGCCAGGUGCCGGAGCGUGUGCUUGGGAGGCAAAGCCCACCAGGAAGCUGGAGCAGCUGGAGAAGGCCCAGGCCAAGGGGAGGCCUCCGGGGAGGAGUCAGCUGGAGGAGAAGCUGGGUGAAUUUCAGGAAAGCCUGCAGACCCGGGAAGGACAGGGACCGCUGUGAGGACACAUUCGGAAGCCAUCGCAUACCUUUGGUGGGGACCAGGCAGCAAACUUUGUCCCAGCCCUCAGUUAAUGGUGGGUGUGCUCAUCGUGAUGAAGGUGAGAGCUGAGGCUGAGAUCAGAGGUACGCAGCGCAGCUCAUCUACCUCCCUUGCGGUCCCAUGGUAGACAUCUCUAAUCGAUGCCCCAACUUUUCCGAAGAAGUCCUUCUAAUGGCCUCAAAACGGUUCCUACUCACUGCUCCCGAGGUCACCGUCAUUACCAACAGGUCAGAGCUGGUAUACUCAGCAUCACUGAUCUGGGUCUCUGGAGCUGGGGUUAAGGAUGGAGGUGGUCAGGACAUCUUGGUGAAGCAAGGCACCUUGAGGAACCUGGAAAAACCCUCAGGGGGCGUGGUGCCAGGAUGCGUCCAUUUGCUGGUGGAAUAAUAGCAUUUAUGGAGCAUGUGGACUGGUGACUCAGCAGAUCUCUGCCCUCGGGAGUUCACAUCCUGAUGAAAGGAGAAGAGGAAUUUUCUAAAACAAACACAGAGGCAAAUACUUCCAACCAGUAAUAGGUGCUAAGGGGAAAGGCCUAGGGAAGGGACUGCUCUUUCAAACAGCGGUGAUCAGCUGCCCUGGUGGGAGGGAAUCUGAGCGGGGACCUCAGCGGAAAUCUGGGAGAUCACCUCUUGCUCUUGGAUCAGAGUGGCUUCUGUAUCUGUCACACUCUUCUCCAAUAAGAGUUCUUACUUCUUUAGGAAAAAAAAUAAUUUAAGUCUGGAUUAUUUUCCACUUUCAACCAGCCUUGCCUGUUAUAGAAAAAAAAAAAUUGGAAAUAGAGAAAAGUACAAAACUACUCCCCAGUUUUGCCACCCCAAGACAUCCCCUCCUGUGGUGCACCCCCCGCGCCGUCUUUUCUACUGUGCGGGUUUUGUUUGGCUUGAUUUUUGCCUAGGUGGUGAUUAUGCUGAGUACAGAAUUCAGCGGUUUCCUCUCUUCACAUAGCAUUUUAGAAUAAGCAUUUUUCCGUGUUAUUACAAACUCUCGGUAAACAUCAUUUCAAUAGUUGCACAGAAUUCCACAGAGUGACUGAAUCCCAUUUUAUUUAAACAUUUCCCCUUCCUGUUGGGCCUGUGGAUCCCGCCCCCCCCCCGUUGGUUUCUUUUUGUACCGCAAAUAAAAUGUCCUUUGUUUC